AUGAAUUACUUAUGUGAGCAAUUAAAACUUGGAUUAAGAAAAACAUAUCCUCAACCGAAACGGUAUAAUGACAAAUAUCCUUACGAUAUAUUUGAUUACACAAAAACCUCCGUCGAGGGUAAAAGGAAAAAUCUCUUGAAAAUUUAUCGAACUUCAUGGUGUUCAUCAGACGUUUUACGUUUACUGACAAGUGCAAAGGCCGUGAAAACAUCAAUAAUAUCAAAAAGCGAUAUUUUGAAAGAUAGUGAUAAAAAGUGA